UCAGGAGCCUCCUGUUUUUUGACAGGUGAGAUGAGUAGUGUUCACGAAAACCGAAAGGUUUACCUAUCUAUCACAGUUCAUGGGCAAUAAGGACAGCUUUCAGGCUUUCCUUUUUAUAUUUAAGCAUGAAGAUAAGCAGACCCUUUUGAUUCUAACCUACAAUGUCGAAUCUGAAGAGGAGAGUAGGCGUAGCAGCUUGCUAGCCAGCCAUCGACCCAAGCAAGCUUGGGGCUUCCUGCAUGAUGUGUUACCGUGGUGACAACAGAGAACACCCAUCCCCCUCUCCCUUCCCCUGGGCCGCCGCCCCUCCCACACCCCCCUCCCCCUAAAGCAGUCCUGACCUCACCAAGAUGCCGGACAGAAAGGAGCCGCCUAUCUAUAACGACGACAGUGUGGGGACCUUCCAGUACAAGUUGCCGUUCUACGAGACCAUGGAGCUGUUCAUCGAAACUUUGACGGGGACCUGCUUCGAGCUGCGUGUCUCGCCCAUCGAGACAGUCAUCUCUGUCAAGGCCAAGAUCCAGAGGCUGGAAGGUAUCCCUGUUGCCCAGCAACACCUGAUCUGGAACAACUUGGAGCUGGAGGAUGAGUACUGUCUGCAUGAUUACUGUAUUGCUGAGGGCUGUACUCUGAAGCUGGUGCUAGCCAUGAGAGGAGGACCAAUCAACACCAGGAGAGGUAGGUAGCUAGGGGGAGAUGUUGGGAUUUCUCUACCCUCACUGCUGUACACCCWUAAGUAUUCACACACAGUAAAUUCAUCUAUUCUAGUCCUGUAAGCCUCUGUAGCAACAUUUUGAUUUGAUGAACACUGCCCUAAUGUCCAUGAA